UAUGGUCGGCCAGGGUUAAUCCUUAUCCUGCCUUUCUUCAGUACCAAACCUCAAAGUCUAAACCGCCAUGAUUUUCACGUUAGUUCAUCAAAAACGUUUCAGUACUGUACAGUGUACACCCUAAAAUUCAUUAGUCCACCGUCCACACACACCUGCUUCGAUACCUUUCUUCCCCCCCUCUCUCUGCAUAUAGUCUUUAGAAAUACUCGCAGCUUCGGCAAAAGUGUUAGCUUUCUCUGUUCGCGGUUAUGGCCUCUGGAUCGUCAGUUCCGGCCAACGAUUCGGUCUCCAAAGGGUUUGACUUCACCGCCUCCGAUGAUAUUCUUUGCUCCUACGAAGACUACUCCAAUCACGCGAGUUCUAAUGGCACCCUCCACUCCGAUCCCGCGGUUGCGUCCACUUCUGCAAAGGAGUUUCAAAAAAACAGAAUGACGAGAUCAUCUGUGUUUGCUGCUCCGCCUUAUAGGCUUCCUGAAGAAUCAUCAUUUAAUGAAGAUGUUAUGGUUACUGUAGACAUGACCAUGAAGAAGUAUGCUGACAAUCUGAUGCGUUUCCUUGAGGGAAUUAGUUCACGGCUGUCUCAGUUGGAAUUAUAUUGUUACAAUCUUGAUAAAUCAAUUGGAGAAGUACAGUCUGAUAUGAUUCGUGAUCAUGGAGCAGCGGAUUCCAAGCUCAAUUCACUUGAAAAGAAUCUUCAAGAGGUUCACAGGUCAGUACAGAUUCUGAGAGAUAAGCAAGAACUUGCCGAAGCUCAGAAGGAGCUGGCCAAGAUUCGGCUUGCACAGAAAGAAUCAAAUUCAGGUAACAACUCUCAGCAGAAUGAAGAGAGAAAUAUGCAACCUAUUUGUGAUACCAAAAUGAGUGGAAAUUCUUCUGAAGUUAACGGGCUGCAACUGGCACUUGCACUACCACACCAGGUAGCACCACGACCUUCACUUACUACCCGACCAGUGGAACAUCAUCAACUGCCGCCUGUCCCUGCUCCCCCGCCCAUUUCAUCACAAGCUAUUUCACAACCACAGGGAUACUAUUUACCUCCACCUCAGUUGUCUCAUGGUCAAUACAUACCUCCUGUCCCUCACUACCAAACUUCCCAAGCACAAGAACAUACUAGGUUGCAACCACAAUCUGUACAAUCUCAAUUGCACGUGACCCCACAGGUUCAGGCUGCAGCUAACUAUCAGCAGCAGCAGCAGUGGGUGCAGCAGUUACCCCACCAGGCUCCACAAUCACAGCCACAGCCAAGGCUGCAGCAGCAGCAGCAAGCUCGUCCAUCAUCACCUGCCGUUUUCCCUCCUUACCUGCUCAGUCAACCAAAUCCUACUCCCGUUAUUGCUCCAAAUACUAUGUCAAUGCAAAUGCCUAUGUCUCAACCACUUGCAAGCAGCCCCGAGGGGGGAAUCCGUUAUGGGUAUGCUGGUGCUGGCAAGCCAGUUCAGCCCGAAACUCCAGUUCAGCAUCUCAAACCCACUCUUCGGGCACCUGGGGAGGGAUAUGGACUCGCCACAGCCCAUCCCUCCAUUUCACAAGGCAAUGGUUACGGAAUCUAUGACGGGGAAGGGGCAAGGAGUCAUUCAACCCCACAACCUCACUUCCCACAAGGCGGCUAUCCUCAAUCAAGCUUCCCUGCCCAGAACCCACAGCCAGCUCCUAGCACAACUAAUGCAAUGGCUCGUCCACCACAGUUGAUCCGCAACCAUCCCUACAAGGAAUUGACCGAGAAAUUCAUGCACAUGGGUUACAGGGGUGAUCAUGUCAUAAACGUGAUCCAAAAGCUGGAGGAGACGGGUCAGCCUGUUGAUUUCAACAGCGUGCUUGAUAGAUUGAAUGGCCAUUCUUCUUGUGUCCCCUAUAGAGGAUGGUAAGUAACCUCGAACCUUUCUAGUUGUCACUUUUUAUGUGUUCUGAAAGACCAUGGUUAAGGCAAACAACCAUCUCGGUCUGUAAUUCUGUAUCAUUACACCACAUUCACGCGGUGGUUUUGCCUACUAUAUAUGCCUUGCUUUCAAUAAAACUUGAUACGAUUAGCAUGGGAAUUUGGUAUGUAUAAAAUCAAGAGGCGCACUAUAUUAUUUGUUGUGGCCUCUUCCCUGCUUUCUUAUACAUUGUAAGGUUAUGUUCUUUGAUACAUUUCAAUGACGACAUAUAAUACAAUACACAUCUAUGAUGGGAUGACAUCUUAAUUUCUAUCAAUUAUGGCAAUUCCACCAUUGAGCUUGA